AUGGAUUAUAAUUCUAAGUUUGUUGAUCUGCUGACUUCUCAACAACGAACUGUGUUCGGUUUUGCUCAAGAUAGUGUCGAACUAUCUUCCUCUCAAGUCCCUUAUUCUGGAACUCAAGCUCACGAAGCUUCAAACUUUGCUGAGAGUCCUGCAGAGCGUAGACAGAGGAGGAAUUGGACACCAAUCGAUGAUCUUGUACUAAUCAGCGCAUGGUUGAAUACAAGCAAGGAUCCGGUUGUAGGCAAUGAGCAAAGGUGUGGUACUUUUUGGAAGAGGGUUGCAGCCUACUUUGCCGUAUCUCCUAAGGUAGCAGGCUCGGAACAGAGAGAGUCAAGUAACUGUAAACAACGCUGGCAGAAGAUCAACGACAUUGUCAACAAGUUUUGUGGAGCCUAUGAAGCAGCAAGUAGAGAGAAAUCAUCUGGGCAGAAUGAGAAUGAUAUUUGGCGUGAGCUUUCCACUUCAAAAACCCAUGGAAGUGCUAAACGGAGGAAGUGUGAUGAUGGUGCUCAAUCAACAACCUCAAACGGAACUGAAACGACCAAUGGUGAAGAAGAUCAAGGCGCCACUCGUCCACCGGGUGUGAAGGCUGCAAAGGGCCAGCGUAAGAAGAAGGAUGUGGCAGAUGGGAAGAAGAAGGAUUUGGCAGAUGGGAAAAAACUGUAUGAGUUUGAAGGUAUGUGUAGUAUCAAGAGGGAAGACUUGGCUAUGAAAGAGAAGUUGUCAAAGAUGAAGUUGCUUGAGAGUCUAAUUGCAAAACCAGAACCUUUGGCUGACUAUGAAGAAGCACUGAAGAAGAAGCUAAUCACUGACCUGUCCAAAAGAGUGAAUUAUGAUCGUCUUCUUGUGACAUUUGGAGUGGAAAACUCACGUAGCUCUUGCGAUCUACGGUUAUGGAAUGACUAUUUCAGUGAGACUCCAACCUACCCGGAUAAUCUUUUCCGACGACGUUUUAGAAUGAAUAAGCCAUUGUUCAUGCAUAUUGUUGAUCGACUCUCCAAUGAAGUUGAAUUCUUUCGACAAAAGCAAGAUUGUCUCGGAAGGCUUAGUCUCUCCCCUCUUCAGAAGUGUACAGCAGCCAUUCGUUGUUUGGCAUAUGGUACUGCGGCUGAUACGGUUGACGAAUACCUCCGCCUCGGUUCAACUACAACUCGGUCAUGCUUGGAAAAUUUUGUUGAAGGAAUAAUUAAUUUAUUCGGCGAUGAGUACCUACGAAGACCAACACCGGGUGAUCUUCAACGUCUACUUGAUAUUGGUGAGCAUCGUGGAUUUCCCGGGAUGAUAGGAAGCAUCGAUUGUAUGCAUUGGGAAUGGAAGAAUUGUCCUACCGCUUGGAAAGGUACUUUAAAUGAUAUCAAUGUUCUUGAUCGCUCACCUGUUUUCGAUGACAUAAUAAAAGGUCAAGUUCCGCAAGUAAACUUCUUUGUCAAUGGAAGAGAGUAUCAUAUGGCUUACUAUCUCACCGAUGGUAUUUAUCCGAAAUGGGCAACUUUUAUCCAAUCAAUUCCAAUACCACAAGGUCCGAAAGCGGUUUUAUUUGCUCAACAUCAAGAAGCUGUCCGAAAAGAUGUCGAGCGUGCUUUCGGAGUGCUACAAGCUCGCUUUGCCAUUGUUAAAAAUCCUGCACUUUUUGGGGAUAAAGUCAAAAUUGAAAAGAUUAUGAGAGCAUGUAUCAUACUCCAUAAUAUGAUAGUGGAAGACGAACGAGAUGGAUACACUCAAUAUGAUGUUUCAGAGUUCCAACAAGGAGAAGAUACCGGAAGUUCACAUGUCGAUCUCGAUUUUUCUACAGAUAUGCCGACAAAUAUCGCCAAUAUGAUGGGUGUUCGAACUAGAAUUCGUGAUAGACAAAUGCAUCAACAACUGAAAGCUGAUUUGGUUGAACAUAUAUGGCGUAAA